CAUGCCCUUAAGUGCUUUACUGAAUGGAGGUCUAAGUGCCACCAUUGCCUCAUUGUGGAAUAUUCAGUUUUUAGUACAGGAUGAAUCUUAAGAGUUUGUAGGAAAAAACAGCAACCAUAUGUUCAUCUUAAGAUAGGCCAGGAGUCUGCCAACGCACCUGCCACACAGUUCAAUUACUACCUUAUUGUAAAAAGAAGUUGCAUCUAAAGCCAGAGUCAAGCGGAGCGGAGAUUCACGGCCGAGAAGGCAUGAGACUAUCCAGAUGCACAGCUCACCCAGAUGCAGCCGCUAGUCGCUGUCCAUCCUAGCCAUGCUGAAAUGUGACAUACUUUGGACUGCGUUUGAGCAAACCUGCACUUGGACGCAAGGAAUCAAUAGUACUUUGCGCCUUCCCUUUCUCAAGCUGCUUUAACUGCAUGUUUACUUCUAAGCACUUAGGAUGAUCUUUCUUCAUCCUGACGUAAUGAAAAAGAUUGUACUAAUAGAGAGGGAAAAUAAAUCUUUUACGAUUCUGAACGCUUUGUACUCGGCUAAAUAUCAUUAUUGGGAAGACCUGUAAUUACGUAGCCACUACUUCCCAUUUAUUUUUGUAAUUAAAAUUUGACUUUGAAAUAUUUUUUCCAAGGGAGAACAUCAGAUAUUUAGGAUGUGCCUCUAACUCAUUGUCCCAUCGACCCCUUUCCCUGCAAGGAGCUCUUCCCGUUUAAACAGAGCAAGAAAUGGAACAGGUUUCCGAUGUACAUUCUUUAUCUCAAUCUGCGAGCUAUGUUAUUUUGCACGCAGCACACACUGUGAUUCAUACUGUCACGCCUGUUCCCAGUGCCGUGAUUUUUAAAAUCCCCGGGAGUAAGGAGGUAAGCUAAAGUUGGCGCAUUAGAAAACUGCACAUCCCUUUGCUGCAAUGGGAGCUGUAGCUGCUUUAGACGAGGUUAGCGGGAGCUGUUUAUCUCUUGGACGGAAUCUAUUUACAAGUCAGCUGCCGGGGCAGUGCAAGCAUUUCCCCAGGGCGGUUAGAGCCACCCUGACAGCUGUAUCGGGCAUUAAUUCGUGCCUUUCGCGGGUUAGAGCAGCCACCUCCUGGAAGGAGCCUAAAGCUCCCUGACAAGAAAAGGCACAAUAAUGUUCGCUAGUGCCAUGCACUUGACAGAGAGCUUAUCUCCGGCAGCGCUCAGGGAGGAGGAUGUGUGGGCAGGGUGGAGGGGUUCAGCUCCUAGAAGAGGGUUGGCUGGAUUUUUUUUCCUCCUCUUAUUUGAAUGUGCGUCCGUCCCUCCGGCUUAUUUUAGCAACCCCCCUCCCCCUCCCCACUUGGGAAUAGCCCGCUCGCUCGGGGGCCAGCUACAUUUGACGUCAGGCUGGCGUUCGUAGUUUUGACGUGUAAACACUCGGUUCCAGCCCGGCGCGGGAGAGGGUUUGGGCUCCGUUCAGCCCCGAGGAAGAGCCGUGGCGCGCUUGGCUGGGAGACACUGCGCCCUGCAGCCUGCCGGGUGUCCGCAUAGCAACCGGGAGCGAAAGGGCUCCGGCUCUGCAGCCAUCGAUCCGCUGCCUGGUCUCCCCCCGCCCCGCGUGUGUUUGUUGUUUGGUUUCCCGCGUCCCUCGCCUGGCCAUGGACGGGAGACGCCGCGCUGGGCGCCGGGUGGCUCUGGCUCUCUUCUGCGCCUGGUGCGCGGCCGCCAGCCUGGCCGGCGCGGAGAAGCAGUUCGUCAAUGAAUGGGCGGCAGAGAUCCCCGGCGGUCCGGCGGCGGCCCAGGCCAUAGCGGAGGAGCUGGAGUACGAGCUGCUGGGCCAGAUUGGAUCACUUGAAAAUCACUAUCUCUUCAGACAUAGGAGCCAUCCAAGAAGAUCUCGAAGAAGUGCCAUUCAUAUCACCAAGAGACUGUCCGAUGAUCAUCGUGUGUCAUGGGCAGAGCAACAGUAUGAAAAAAAGCGAACUAAGCGUUCAACCUUGAGAGACUCAGCAGAAAACCUUUUCAAUGAUCCUAUGUGGAAUCAGCAGUGGUACCUGCAAGAUACAAGAGUGACUCCAUCUCUGCCAAAACUGGAUCUCCAUGUUAUUCCUGUAUGGCAGAAAGGGAUUACAGGAAAAGAUGUUGUUAUAACAGUGCUCGAUGAUGGCUUGGAGUGGAAUCACACUGACAUAUAUACUAACUAUGAUCCAGAGGCAAGUUAUGAUUUCAAUGACAAUGAUCACGAUCCCUUUCCCAGAUAUGAUCCAACAAAUGAAAACAAACAUGGAACACGAUGUGCAGGGGAAAUUGCCAUGCAGGCCAAUAACAAGAAAUGUGGUGUUGGCGUGGCAUACAAUUCCAGAGUUGGAGGUAUAAGAAUGCUGGAUGGAAUAGUCACUGAUGCCAUUGAAGCCAGUUCAAUUGGUUUCAAUCCAGAUCAUGUGGAUAUUUACAGUGCAAGCUGGGGCCCUAAUGAUGAUGGUAAAACUGUAGAGGGACCUGGCAGGCUAGCACAGAAGGCUUUUGAAUAUGGGAUCAAACAGGGCCGAAAUGGAAAAGGUUCCAUUUUUGUAUGGGCUUCUGGGAAUGGUGGUCGUCAGGGUGAUAAUUGUGACUGUGAUGGUUACACAGAUAGUAUCUACACUAUAUCCAUCAGCAGUGCUUCUCAACAAGGUCUUUCUCCUUGGUAUGCAGAGAAGUGUUCCUCAACACUGGCCACAGCAUACAGCAGUGGGGAUUAUACUGACCAGAGAAUUACAAGUGCUGAUCUUCACAACGAAUGUACUGAGACUCACACUGGGACCUCUGCAUCUGCUCCAUUGGCAGCAGGGAUUUUUGCUCUAGCUCUUGAAGCAAACCCUAAUCUAACCUGGAGGGAUAUGCAGCAUUUGGUAGUCUGGACUUCAGAAUAUGACCCAUUGGCCAACAAUCCUGGAUGGAAGAAGAGUGGAGCAGGGUUGAUGGUGAAUAGCAGAUUUGGAUUUGGAUUACUUAAUGCCAAGGCACUGGUGGAUUUAGCUGAUCCUAAAACCUGGAAAGGAGUACCUGAAAAGAAAGAGUGUAUAGUCAAGGACAACAGCUUUGAGCCUAGGUUAUUAAGAGCAAACGGAGAAGUAACUAUUGAAAUUCCCACAAAAGCUUGUGAAGGGCAAGAAAAUUCUGUUACAUCUCUGGAGCAUGUGCAGUUUGAAGCAACAAUUGAAUAUUCCCGCAGAGGUGAUCUUCACGUUACCCUCACUUCCCCAUCAGGCACCAACACUGUCUUACUGGCUGAAAGAGAGAGAGAUAAGUCUCCCAAUGGCUUUAAAAACUGGGACUUCAUGUCUGUUCACACAUGGGGAGAGAAUCCAAAAGGCACUUGGACUUUGAGAAUUACUGAUGUGUCUAGGAGAAUGCAGAAUGAAGGAAGAAUUGUGAACUGGAAAUUGAUUUUGCAUGGCACUUCUACUCAACCUGAACACAUGAAGCAGCCUCGUGUAUACACAUCCUACAAUGCUGUGCAAAAUGACAGAAGAGGAGUGGAGAAGAUGGCAGACUUCGUAGAGGAUCAUACCACGCAAGAGAACCUGAGUGCAAAACCCAAGGUCACUGAAGGUACCAGCAGUAGCACUGAUAAAAUGGGAGACAAAAUCCCAUCAGAGGCAAUGCUUCGUCUAUUGCAAAGUGCUUUUAGCCGGCACAUGGCCCAGAAUCGAGUACCAAAGAAGACUCCAAAUGAAAAGUUAAAUAUUCCAUAUGAACAUUUCUAUCAAGCCCUUGAAAAAUUAAACAAACCCUCCCAGUUAAAAGACUCUGAGGACACUCUGUACAGUGACUAUGUUGACCUUUUUUACAAUGUCAAACCAUACAAACAUAGAGAUGAUAGACUGCUGCAAGCCUUGGUUGAUAUUCUGAAUGAAGACAACUAAAAUAUAGGGUAUGGCACUGAGUUGGAAAUAUUCAUGCUCCCCACCCCUGCUGCCCUUUUCUGAAGUAUAUUCUACACUUUACUCAUGUGAUUACUACUUUGAUUGCUUCAUACUUAACCAGGAUGUCAAGCAGUGGGAAACAAAUAGGAAGUGUAAUUUGUUAGUGGCAAGGCACUAAGUUGAAGGGUAUCAGUGACCACUGUAUUGCAGGGCUUCUUAAACUUCAUUGCACCACACACUGCUUUUGACAACAAAAAUUACUACAUGACCCC